AUGCGCGCUCCUCGCGGCAGCAAGAUUCAGCCUGUCGCAGAGACGGCGUCUAUAUCGCGUCCGAAGCGUGGCGCUGCGCCCACGGAGCUCGAGGAACCCAAGCAAAAGCGCGCGAAGAAGUCCACCGCAACUACCGCGACUGAGGUUAAGUCAGUAAAGUCCAUCGCGACCAAAGGCGCGAAGGAGAGCAAUGGCGAGAUCGCGACAGGAGAAACGACCGAGACGCCUAAGCGCCGCGGUCGUCCAGCCAAGGUCGCUGCUGUGACAACGGUUGUUCAAGAGGAAGAUGCAGGCGUUGAAGUACCACCCGAUCCGCCAAAGCGGAGAGGCCGUCCGGCGAAGAAUGCCGCUGUUGAAGAAGAGCCUCAUGUUGAGCCACAAGCUGCAUCACCGGCUGACCCGCCAAAGCGCAAAGGUCGUCCGGCCAAGAUCGUCGCCGUUGAGGAGGAGCCCGAACCUGAGGCAGAAGUUUCCGCGCCCGCUAAUCCACCGAAGCGUCGGGGGCGCCCCGCGAAGAAUGCGGACGACGAAGAGGAGGCUGAAGCUGUUCUCCCACCCACUGAACCACCAAAGCGCCGUGGCCGCGCUGCAAAAGUUGUGGAUGUAGAAGAAGUCGCCGCCACCGCACCAGCUGAAACGCCCAAGCGUCGCGGUCGCCCAUCAAAGACCGCACCUGCUAUCAUUGACAACCUGAUCGAAAAAGUUCUUGCCCCAACAGAGGCGCCAAAGCGCCGCGGAAGAGCUCCAAAGACUGCACCGAUCGAACAGGAGCCUGAGCCACCUGCAGCAGCUGAGACGGCUGCGCCUAAGCGUCGAGGUCGGGCACCGAAGGCCGCCGUCAUAGAAGAAGAUCAUGACGAGCCUGAAGUAGAAGUCGAGCCACCUGCUCCUACAGAAACACCCAAGCGCCGCGGUCGUCCCGCCAGAUCCGCCGUCGCGCCAGCUGAGGAAUCGACGCUGCAGCCUGCUGAAGCUCCGAAAGCCCGUGGCCGACCCAAGAAAGUUGCUGCUGAGCCAAAGGCAGAGACAGCGCCGGCGCCAGCGACUCCUGGAAGACGCGGCCGAUCUGCGGCACAGCAGCUAGUCGAGGAGGCAGAGGAGGCUGGGCAAGCUGCGCAGCUUUCUCCGGCAAUAGGACGGGGCAAGCGCAACGUUACGGCUAAGGAGGCGAAAGCACCCUCCAAAGUUACUAAACCUACUACGCGUAAAGCGCCUGCGAAGGGCACAACCGCGAAGGCUCGCGCCACUACCAGUGGCAGUGGCCGUGGGAAGAACCCACCCUUCAAGAGUCCACUCAAGCGUGCUGGUCAAGAAGCUGAUAUCGAUGCUGCAACCGCAGCUGGAGCGGCUGAAGAUAUGGAUAUCGAUAUUGAUGACGAGCAUGAUGCUGAGGAGGGUCCGUCAUACUGGUUGAUGAAGUCCGAAGCCGAGUCACGUCUUGAGAACGGCGUUGAUGUCAAGUUCUCCAUCGACGACCUUAUGGCUGCUGCUGCACCGGAGGAGUGGGAUGGCGUACGCAACACCGUCGCUAGGAACAACAUGCAGGCAAUGAAGAAAGGCGAUCUUGCUUUCUUCUACCAUUCCAACACCAAGACGCCCGCAAUCGUCGGUAUCAUGGAGAUCGUAGAGGAAGCUCAUGUUGACGAUUCGCAAUUUGACACCAAUUCCUACAAGUACGACGCAAAGUCAAGUCAAGAGAACCCCAGGUGGCAUUGCGUUUCGGUAUCCUUCAGGCAAAAGUUCCCUGAACCAGUCACCUUGCCCGAAUUGAAGAGAUACGCCAAAUCCGGCGGCAUCCUCGAGAACAUGCAACUCUUCAAGCAGAGUCGCCUUAGCGUUACCAAAGUCAGCAAGGCCGAAUGGAACUUCAUCAUGAGCCUCGCUAAUGAGACCGGCGACGAGAACGACGUCCCCAUGACCGAUCUCGAGGCGGCUGCCGAAGCGGCUUGGGAUGCUGCCGAGGAUGCCAUCGCUACCGCCGAAACCAUUGAGGAACUCGUUGAAGAAGCCGCCGAAGGGGCUCGCCGUGCACGCGUCUCCGCGCUCGAGGGCGUUACAGACUUCGCCACCGCCUUCGACGCACCCCCCGGCCUGACGCCCACCAUCGACUCUUCGGCCCUUGCAGACCCCUUGGAGGCGUUCCCCGAAGCCCCAGCCGCAGACCUUCCGACGGCUGCCGACCUGACUGCGCCCUAUGAAUCGAACCUCUUCGUCCCGUCUAUCGAAGACCCCUUCGCAAGCGUCGGCGUCACCCCGGCUUUCACGCCCGCCGCGCCCCCAACGCCCGGCGCGACCGACACCAUCGACACGAUCUUCGAAGUCAACGAGGAGCGCGAUAUCCUCCCGUCUGCAGGUCUCAAGCCGGCCGCAUCUUCACGCGCGCAGUCGGUGGCGCGCUCAACUCGCGGCGCAUCCAGGCAGAGAAGCGUCCCACCUGCCAAUGGCGGACCACUGCGCUCUUCGCGUGCGGGCUCGAGACAGCCGUCUGUGGGACCGAGCUCGAGUCGUCCGGGCACGAGCGGGAGUCUGACGGCGACGGGCAAACGUGCGCCGUCGAGGGCGGGGUCGGUGGCGAGGUCUACGCGCGGUACGAGCAGGCAGCCGAGUGUGCCGCCCGUCGCGACCGUGACUGAGGUCGUUGAGGUCGUUGAGGAGCAGAUUGUUGUCUACGAGGAUAGCGAGAAUGUUCCGCCUGGUAGUGCUUUGGGGGCUCUGGGUGGCGGGAUACUGAACGGUGCGGGCGCGUUGAUUGAGGGGUUGGAGACGUCGAUUGAGGCGGUGGUCGAGGCUGCUGCGGGGGCUGAAGAGCUCUGA